AUGGCACAGAAGAGAAGGGCAGAGGAGACUGGAGGGUGUGUCGACCUGGUGAUCUACAAUUGGACCACUUCUCAAGUGCAGUCCUUCCUCCGAAAACUGCAACUUGAGCGGUGGGAGCCCAUUUUCGAAGACAUCGAUGGUCCUACACUCACGGAGCUUGAUGAUGCAGAUUUGAAGGAGCUGGGCUGCGAGAAUCUGGUGAUGAGAAAGAAGCUUUUAGGCCAUGUCAUGAAGUUGAAGUUGGAGGCAAAGUCAGCCAACGAUGUGGCACUGCCGGCAUCGGGAAACUCACAGGCUCCAGAGACAGUUGAGUUUCUGGCACUCUGUGAUGUGCCAGCGGCGAGUGCAAGCGUGCCAGAGAGUGCGAGCGAUGUGCCAAUGGAAAGCCAGCAAACACACCAGGAUAUGACCCUGGCAGAACUGCAUACUGAAUGGGAGCAGUUGAAACAAUUACGAGAAGAAUUUCAACACGCAGCGAGCAUUUUCGAAAAGCUACUGGACCAACAUGUUCAGCAGGGUUUUGGUGAGCAAAACCUGGCGAGGAACUUUGCUCAGGAGGUGCUGAGACAAAUCCAAGAGGCCCAGGAAGUCGCUUUGCCCAGCCCUGCGCGUAUUCCGGUCUUUGGGAACACUGGUGCCGGGAAAUCCACCUUACUGAAUGCUGUCCUGCGACAGAAUGUGGUGCCCACCUCUGGAUGGCGUUCCUGCACCGCUGUGCCUGUGGAGCUGACAGCUGCCGACGUUCCAGUGUUCAAGGGUGAGGUUCAUUUGAAGAGCAUGGACGAGUGGAAAGGCGAGGUGCAAGCUGCCUUGCAGGACCUCUUGAUGAGUGAUCGACAGCGCGUCUCACGGAGAGAGCCGGUCAGGGGCAAGGAGGAGACGCCAGCAGACGUUGCCUUUGCCACAUUGGUAGCUGUUUAUCCGCAGGCCUUCCUGUACGCUAGAGACCCCUGGCCAUCUGUGACUGCUGCCAUGAACGAGCUGUUCCACAUCAGGAACGCCGUGACCAUCAAGCACGCAGCAGACAAGGUGUUGACGUUCCAAAAUGCUGAUGGAGAGACAUUGGCGCAGGAGGUGGUUGACUACAUUGACAGUCCUGAGCGGGACUGGGAGCCAGCCUUCUUCCCGCUGGUGAAGAAGGUGCGCAUUGUAUGCCCUGCUGGAGCCAUGCAUCCCCAUGUGAUCCUCGUUGAUGCGCCUGGUGUGCAAGACGCCAACGCAGCACGGGGGAACGUGGUCAAGAAGUUGCUGGAGGAUGCCAACAGCGUGGUGAUUGUUUCCAACAUCAAGCGUGCUGCCACUGAGCGGGUGGCGCAGGAAAUGCUCAGCGAAAGAUUCCGGCGGCAAUUGCUCAUGGACGGCCACUAUGGGCGCUUAGCAUUUGUGGCCUCAUGCACAGACGAGUUGACACUGUCUGAGCUGAAAAGAAAUUUGAAGCUCAAGGGCGACGUACCAAAAGAAAAAGCGGCAGCUCUGCGAAAUGCCAGCGCCAAGGAGAAGAUCACGGCCGAUUGCUUUGCAGGGCUCCGUCGCAUCGAAAUCCAAAGCGAGCAACGCUCGCAGAGCACUGAUGAAGAUUUCCGGCGCCGCGGGAUAGCUCCAGCGGUCUUUACCACUUCGGCGAGGGAUUACCAGAAGCUGAGCGGGCUCUUGGACAUAACUGUGGAUGGAGGGCCGCAAGUUUGGUCCACCCUCAGGGACACGGAGAUUCCGGACUUUCGUCGCUGGAUUCAUGCUCAAGGGCAGAAAGCCCAAUUAGAUGCCCUGGAGAAGGCCGAAGAUCAGUUUUCAUCGGCUUGCCGGAAGCUCCAGGAGCCAGAGCGACAGAUUGAGACAGUACCAACAUGGGAUCCUUCAACAAUGUCGACGGCCUUGAGAAAAAUCAAGGAAAGUCAGGCCGCAAUCAUGCGGACAUUGCUAAGUGACAAGCUCAAGAGCAGCGUGGGCAUCGGUCAAAGGACAGCAGCCGAGGAAGGGGCAAGAAACAUGACUGUGCGCUGUCAAGGACAAGGUGCCGGUGGCCUCCACUGGGGCACCUUCAAAGCUACCUGCCGUCGCCAAGGUGAAUGGCGGGAGGAUUUCAAUGAGCUUCUGGCGGACCCCCUAAAUCGACGCAUUGCCGUUGAAUGGGACCGAGUUCUGAAUCAACUACUGCCAGAUCACGUGGACAACUUGCUGCGUCGCAUCGUGGACGAAAUUUGGAAACUGCAGCGUGGUAUGGAUUUGCCACUUGAGCCCUUCCAAGAUGCAGAAGAGCUCGUGAAGAGGCGUGGUCCAGUGUUGAAAGGAAAUCUUCAACGGCAGCAGAUGGAGGUCUCAAGACAGAUCAAAGAGACCAUCAAGCAGCUCAUGACCCCCAGCUAUGGUGAAGCCGCAUCGGUGUCUGGCACAGGAACGGAUGUGCGCCAAAAAGCCAUCAUUCGGAAUCAAGUGACGGAACGGGGCGUCAGCAUGUUCCGCAAGGCGUCGGAUUUCCUGGGCGGUGAACUGGACAAGCUGCUCAGACUUGGUUGA